CGUGUCUUGUAACGGCUAAUCUACCUAACUUGCUUCUAGCUCUCCACAACAUUAGCCUUUGGGCGUCGGUGCUGUCAUUUUUUUAAUGCUCUGAGCGAGUAGAUUAAUCGGUUUUAAUUCACCGGGGGCCGUCCUUUGAUGGGAAUUACCUCCAGGAUGAUUCCUACCGAGGAUGCGUCCGCCAGGAAGCGGGAGAUAGAGGAGAAACUGAAGCAGGAGCAGGAGACGCUGUCAUUCAUCAAAAACCUGGAGAAGAGCGAUCAGCUGACCAAGGGCAUGGUCUCCAUCCUGUCCUCGUUUGAGAGCCGCCUGAUGCAGCUGGAGAACUCCAUCAUCCCAGUGCACAAACAGACGGAGAACCUGCAGCGGCUGCAGGAGAACGUGGACAAAACCCUGUCCUGCAUGGAUCACGUCAUCAGCUACUAUCACGUGGCCAAAGACACCGACAGGAUCAUCAGGGAGGGACCGACAGGCAGACUGAAUGAGUAUCUUGCCUGUAUUGCAAAGAUUCAGAAAGCUGUGGAAUAUUUCCAAGACAACAACCCUGACAGCCCCGAACUCAACACAGUGAAAGCGCGUUUUGAGAAGGGUAAAGAGCUGCUGGAGGCUGAGUUCCGCAGCCUGCUGACCCGCUACAGUAAACCUGUUCCCCCCAUCCUCAUCCUGGACGCCAUCAGUGUGGACGAGGAGCUGGAGGUCCAGGAGGAGGUGGUGCUGGAACACCUGCCUGAAGCCGUACUCCAAGACAUCAUCUGCAUCGCCGGCUGGCUGGUGGAAUACGGACGCAACCAGGAUUUCAUGAACGUCUACUUCCAGAUCAGGUCCAACCAGCUGGAUCGUUCCAUCAAAGGCCUGAAGGAUCACUUCCGCAAGAACAGCGCCUCCUCUGGGAUCCUCUACUCGCCCGCCAUCCAAACCAAACGCAAGGACACGCCCACCAAAAAGGCUCCUAAGAGACCAGUCUACAUCCCAGGUUACGAUCACGACCUGCGGGUCAAACUACACUCUGACUCCCUGACCGAGAAGCACGGGGCCGCCACAGGAAAGGAUGACGUCCUGGACAUCGAGAUCGACUCCUACAUCCACUGCAUCAGUGCCUUUGUCAAGCUGGCUCAGAGCGAGUACGCCCUCCUGACAGAAAUCAUCCCCGAGCACCACCAGAAGAAGACGUUUGACUCCCUCAUUCAGGAGGCACUGGACAACCUGAUGCUAGAGGGAGACAACAUCGUGUCUGCGGCUCGCAGGGCCAUAAUGCGUCACGACUACUCAGCCGUCCUCACCAUCUUCCCCAUCCUGAGACACCUGAAAAUGAACAAGUCCGAGUUUGACGCGACUCUACAGGGAACGGCAGCGAGCACCAAGAACAAGCUGCCUACACUCAUCACAUCGAUGGAGACUAUUGGAGCCAAAGCUCUGGAGGAGUUUGCAGACAGCAUCAAGAACGACCCCGAUAAAGAGUACAACAUGCCCAAAGAUGGAACAGUCCACGAACUGACCAGCAAUGCCAUCCUGUUCCUGCAGCAGCUGCUGGACUUCCACGAGACAGCUGGAGCCAUGCUGGCCUCCCAAGAGACAAGUUCAUCAGCAAGUAGCUACACCUCCGAUUUCAACAAAAGGCUCCUCAGCACUUACAUAUGUAAGGUGUUGGGAAACUUGCAGCUGAACUUGCUCAGUAAAUCCAAAGUGUACGAGGAUUCGGCUCUGAGUGCCAUUUUCCUACACAACAACUACAACUACAUCCUGAAGUCCCUGGAGAAGUCCGAGCUGAUCCAGCUGGUAACUGUGACCCAGAAGAAAGCUGAGAUUUCAUACAAGGAGCUGAUAGAGCAGCAGAUCCAGAUGUACCAGCGCAGCUGGCUGAAAGUCACAGAGCACCUGACAGACAAGAACAUGCCCGUCCUCCAACCCGGCACCAAGCUGAAAGACAAAGAGCGACAAGUGAUUAAAGACAAAUUCAAGGGUUUUAAUGACGGGUUGGAGGAGUUGUGUAAGAUCCAGAAGGGCUGGGCCAUCCCUGACAAAGAGCAGCGAGACUUCAUCCGUCAGGCUCAGAAGAAAGUGGUGUCGGACGCGUACAGGGCGUUCCUGCAGCGAUGCGCCAACAUCUCCUUCACCAAGAACCCCGAGAAGUAUCACAAGUAUCGACCGGAGGAAGUGGAGGAGAUGAUCGAGAGGCUGUUCGACACGUCCGCCUGAGCCGCGCUUGGAUCGACCCCAGCUCGCGCUCCUCUCGCUCUGCCAACAGCGAAACGCGAGCUCCUUCAACAGCACACGGACACACUCAGCCUCUCCCUCGUUGUGUCCUAUGAAUGUUUUGUACAAGAAUAUGAACAUGAUGUAUUUAUGUAAUUUAGCUUAGCAUUUCAGACAAAUAAAGGGAACUCGGAAUGA